AUGUUGGAGCAUCUGAGUUCGCUGCCCACGCAGAUGGAUUACAAGGGCCAGAAGCUAGCUGAGCAGAUGUUUCAGGGCAUUAUACUUUCUUCUGCAAUAGUUGGAUUUAUCUAUGGGUACGUGGCUGAACAGUUUGGAUGGACUGUCUAUAUAGUUAUGGCCGGAUUUGCUUUUUCGUGUUUGCUGACCCUUCCUCCUUGGCCCAUCUAUCGUCGGCAUCCCCUCAAGUGGUUACCUGUUCAGGAUUCAGGAACAGAAGACAAGAAACCAGGGGACAGAAAAAUUAAGAGGCAUGCGAAAAAUAAUUAA